AGAGGUUAGUGGAGCUGCUGUCAGUUCAGGACGGUGACGACAGUUUGGGAGCUUGUUCACCACCAGAGCUCCGGCUCCCCGUGCUACUCCAGAGGACGGUGAAGAGCUAUUUAAUGAGAGGCUGGACACCUGCCAUACCUGGGUCCCCAGUUGCAGAAGACCAGAAGGCGUGCCUGCUGUGAAAUAGACAAAUUAAAUACAUUUUUGAGGAAAAAAAAAAAAGAAAGAAGAUAAGACAAGGGAGCGGGUGUUUGGAGAACAAAGUGAAAGGCUGUGAUGGAGAACCUGCCCGUGUACCACGGACCCAUCGGCAAGGAGGAGGGCGAGAGGCGGCUGGCCCAGGACGGGCGAGACGGGUGUUACCUCGUCCGCAACAGCGACACCGUGCAGGGCGUCUACUGCCUCUGCGUGCUGUGCAAAGGUUACGUCUACACAUACAGAAUCCACAAGGAUGACGCGGGCUCAUGGGCUGCAGAAACCACUCCUGGCGUGGACAAACGGUAUUUCCGCCAAAUCAAAAAUCUGAUAGCGGCCUUCCAGGCGCCGGGACAAGGACUGGCCAUGCCGCUGCUGUUCCCCGUCACGGCCCAGAGGCGAGCGCGGGCGCAGGCCGAGCCGCGGACGCCCACCGACGGCCUUUCACCCACGGCCCCCACCAGCCCCUUCCUCCAGCAGAGCCGGCCGCACGCCACCCAGGGACAGAAAAACAGGAACAAAAACAAGAAGGAGGUGCAGCAAGCUUUUGGUUAAGGGGCAAACCCUGCAGUGGUUCCUGACCUAUAAUCACGAACAAUGCCGUCAGUCGCCUGACUCCUAUUGAUGCAUUUUGCAUAGUGUUGACGUCAAUGUAAUUUUUCCCUCUUACUCAAAUCUCACUCGUCUUCCAGUGGGUUUUUUUUUUCUGCCUAUGGCGGCACAGUAAGCUCUGCAUAACUUUCAGAGAAGUGAUGUAAAAUACUGAAACAUUAAUAUCUGUUACUGCAUACGCAAGUUGACAACGGCUCUUGUGCUCUGUUUUCUUAAUGCAAUAGAGUCGUGUGAGUGAUAAAGAAAAUAAAUGAUUUUGGGUUGAAAUAAACUCUUUUAUAAAGGGUCACGCUCGCACAGCCACACACACACCCGGGCCCCCGUCUGACACAUAAUGUGGAGCAAAAAAUUCAAUUUGACAUAGUAAAGUGCUGAUUUCCAUGGAGAG